AUGAAUUACACGUUAGAUGACCUCAGAGAAGAUUCAUUACGUUGUCUUCGGUCAGAGUUAGGAAAGCUUUUCCAAAGGCAAUCAAAGACAAUCAAAUUUGAUCGAAUAACAUUGAACAACCUCCAUUAUCAACUUGCAUUAACACUCGUUCAAAUUAUUAACUCAGAUACUGAACCACAACUUCAGAAAGAACUUAAUACACUCGUUGAUUACCAAAAACAGCUCCAAUUUUAUCAAAACGUAUUACGACACGAACAACAAGCUGCGGAAGAAGAGAUAAAGAGAGCACGAUUGGAUACAUCACAGCUCAGAAAGAGCUUUGAACUCCUUGAAAAUGAGCUAAUGGAACUCCAAUUGAGACAAAAGAAAAGAACUGAAUUAUUAAAGAGCAAAACCGAUGCUCAUUAUGCAGAGUUACAAGCAAAAUCAGCUGUUUCAGGUAGAGGAAGAAUGAUGCUCUCUUCAACUCGUGAUUCUUUAGCAAAUUUGAAAAGGAAUUAUUCGGAUUUAGUUAAUAAACAAGUCUUUGAAAUGAGAGAUAUCCAAAAGAAACUAACAAGUUACGUUAAAACAUCAAUGUCUCGUAUACAAAAUGAUGCUUUAUCUAAUGUCAAUUAUAAUCAACAAAAACAAAGGACAAAUGACGCCAAAGCUACAUUAAACAAGGCAAGGAAGCAAUAUACAGAAGCUAUCACAGUGAUAAACUGCUUAUUCGAGCAAAAUUUGCCUUUGAAUAGUACUUCAGAUUUAAGAACUGAUGAUUUACUUAGAUUUGUUCGUGACAGAUACAACACUCGUGUACAAUCAGAAAUUGACAAUGUUAAAAAGGAACUGCUUUCUAUUUUGCCAGAUCUUCAAUUUACAGGUAUGUCAAUAUAUGAUGCGAUCACUGAGCUUAUUAAAAGAAGGAUUGCUGAGAAGGAAGAAUACUGCAAGAAGAUUCUUCUUCGUAGCGCAAAGCGUGAAAAGAAAUUAAAAGAAAAACUUGCUGAAACAUUGUCAGAAUUGAAGCAACUCCGUUCCAGAUCAUUUGCUGACUCUUCGAGAAUCAUUACCGAGAUCAAUACAUUAAAGAACAAUUAUAAUAAUUCUCAAAUGACAUUAGAUCAAAAAGUCAUGAUGCUUACAGAGAGAAUCAAAUCACCAUCAAGUAGCUCAUCAUUUUCUUUUUCUCCAACUAGAGGAUCACCAUAA